AUGAAUUUAACAACAGAAAUUUGUUUUACUAAAUUACUAUUUUUUCUGGUAUUUUUUUUAAUAAGUUUAAGCCAUUUUACUACUUCACAAAAUAUUUUAUCUUCUAAUGAGGAGUCAUCUCUUUCUGUACAUUUUGCUGAUCUAACUAAAGGAAGGAUAUUAUGGAUUCUUGAUCAGAAUGCUUUCCCAUGGAUUGGGUCGUAUAGUUUUCUUAAAAAUUUAGAUCAUGAUAUUACAACAUUACUGUCUGUUGUUGAUUCAUCUACUGGUGUUACAUUAGCUGAGUGUACCUAUAAUAAUUCACAGUCCAAUGAUAAUGAGGAUGAGAAGUAUGUUGAGUUUGUUUGGGCUCUCUCAGAAUCUGUCCUCCAAUGUACAUUAUCUUCAGGGUCAAAAACAUUUUCACUACCAUUGUCCCAACAUCCACGUUCUUUUAGUGUUAGAAUACAGGCAAGUCGGGGACCUAAAUGUAUGAGAGAUGUCAUAGUUCAAAAUGAAAAAAUUGAUUCUUGUCCACCAGUUUUGAGGAGAAAUGGAUUUAUUUCACAUCAUUUAUCAUGUGGUUGCCCAUUUGAAAAAGCUGAAUUUGCACCAUUCAGUCCUAUUGUCACUAUUCCAUCAUUUACUGGAUUUCCAACAACGACAACAAAACAACCAACUGAAAAUGCCCCAUUCCCAUUGUUUAAUAUGAAUUUUUCAAAUAUUAAAAUAAAAGAAACUCCUGAGAUUGAGGGAGGUAAUUCACCUAUCGUUGUCACAUCAUUACCAUUUAAUUUUUCACAAUUUAAUUUUAAUAAUUUCCAAACAACAACAUUAUCUACAUUUAUAUCACCAAAGAUUAUGCCUAGCAUUGAUAAAAAACCUUCUGUCUUUGAAAAUACAGAAAUUACAGAAUCACCAUUGCCAGAGAAAAAUAAUUUAAUCACAACAAGUACCACUGUAAAUAUUCCUUCAUCAACAUUUACUCUUGCAGCACAUCCAUGUGCCUCAUUUGAAUGUCAAAAUAAUGGUACAUGUGUUGUGAGUAGUGAUACUGGACUUGCUUCCUGUAUAUGUAAUAUUGGUUACAUUGGUGAUAAAUGUGAAAUUGAUCAAUGUUUAAAUGUUAAAUGUCAAAAUGAAGGUACCUGUAAAAUUAGUAAAUUUAAUUUUGAACCAUACUGUGAAUGUAAACCUGGAACAUCAGGUAGUAAUUGUGAAAUUGUUGAACAAUUAGAAAUCACCACUCAACAACCUGAAUGUGAAUAUGAAUGUAAAAAUGGUGGUGUAUGUGCUAUUAUUGCUAAUCAACCAUUAUGCCAAUGUAAACCAGGAUUUGUUGGACCAAAUUGUAAUGUUGUUGAUCUUUGUCUUCCUGAAUCACAAAUGUGUAGUGUAUUUGGAGAGGAAGCAGAAUGUAGAAUGGAAGAUCAAAGUUUUACUACAGUUUCUGAGACUCUUAUUAAUGGUACAUAUAAUUGUUUAUGUUUAAAUUCAGAAAACCAAUGGGUUGAUUGUCUUAAACUUGCAUUACAAAAACAAGCUGAAAAAGAUCUUUCUAAUGAGGCAAAGACAACUGACAGUAACGAAAAAACAACAAAUACAUUUAAUAGUUUUAAUAUAAAUCAAAAUAAAAAUGAAGAGGAAGAAUUUAAUCUUACAGAGGAGACAGACUCCACAACUGAUAGAGGAAAUUCAUUUGAAGUAACAAAUCCUACAAUAGUAGAAAUUAAAACAUCAAAUGUUGAUAUCUUUACAGAAUCUUCAACAAAGAAUAUCGUUACUUCUUCUACUAUGGUACCUACAACAACAGAUGAUUUUGAGGAGAUGACAGAUUCAACCAAAUCUGAUGAAGAAAAAAUGCCUAAAGUUAAUGAAUUUACCACUACAAAAGUAUGGGUUGAACUUUUAACUCCAACAACAACUACCAUAAAACCAUUUGUUCCUUCAAGUAAAAAUACUAGCACUAUUAAUGAAGAAAUUAUUAAUACUUCAUCAAACGGGAAUAGUAAAUCAACAAGUUCUGCAUCUGCAACAACUUGGAUUAUUGUUGUUUUCAUUAUUUUAGUUAUAAUGAUGCUUAUUGCCGGAGGAGUUCUUUUUGUUCUUAGGUACAUUCGUAGGAGCCGUAAGUUACAUGGAAAAUACAAUCCUGCCAAAGAAGAGCAUGCUAUUGCAGCAACUUAUGCAUUACCAAUGCAAGCUGUUGCCAAAGAGGAACGUUUAAUUUAA